CGCGCCCCGACCCCGCCGGCCGCGCGCCAUGGCCUCCGAGGAGCUGUACGAGGUUGAAAGGAUUGUUGACAAAAGGAAAAACAAGAAGGGGAAGACGGAGUACCUGGUGCGGUGGAAAGGCUAUGACAGCGAGGAUGACACGUGGGAGCCGGAGCAGCACCUCGUGAACUGCGAGGAGUACAUCCAUGACUUCAACCGGCGCCACAGCGAGAGGCAGAAGGAGGGCAGCCUGGCCCGCGCCAGCAGGACCUCGCCCAGCAACGCCCGCAAGCAGAUCUCCAGAUCCACCCACAGCAACCUCUCCAAGGCGGCCCCCAAGGCGCUUGUGGGGAGCAAAGACCAAACCAGCCAGCUGCUGGCUACCAGCCAGAAGUUCAGGAAAAACACAGCCCCGCCUCUUGCGGGCCGCAGGAACAUGGACCUUGCUAAGUCAGGGAUUAAGAUCCUCGUGCCUAAGAGCCCCAUCAAGAGCAGGACCUCGAUGGACGGCUUUCAGAGCGAGAGCCCCGAGAAGCUGGACCCUGCGGAGCAGGGCCCCGAGGACACAGUGGCACCGGAGGUGACCGCAGAGAAGCCCGUGGGAGCUUUGCUGGGCCCUGGUGCAGAGCGAGCCAGGAUGGGGAGCAGACCCCGAAUACACCCACUAGUGCCUCAGGUGUCUGGUCCUGUGACUGCCGCCAUGGCCACAGGCUUAGCUGUUAACGGAAAAGGUACAUCUCCGUUCAUGGAUGCACUAACAGCCAAUGGGACCACCACCAUACAGACGUCUGUUACAGGAGUUACAGCCGGGAAAAGGAAAUUUAUUGACGACAGAAGAGACCAGCCUUUUGACAAGCGGUUGCGUUUCAGUGUGAGGCAGACAGAGAGCGCCUACAGAUACAGAGAUAUUGUCGUCAGGAAGCAAGAUGGCUUCACUCACAUCUUGUUGUCCACAAAAUCAUCAGAGAAUAACUCAUUAAACCCAGAGGUGAUGAAAGAGGUCCAGAGCGCUCUGAACACGGCCGCGGCCGACGACAGCAAGCUGGUGCUGCUCAGCGCCGUGGGCAGCGUCUUCUGCUGCGGCCUGGAUUUCAUUUAUUUCAUCCGCCGGCUCACCGACGACAGGAAGAGAGAGAGCACGAAGAUGGCCGAUGCUAUCAGAAACUUCGUGAAUACUUUCAUUCAGUUUAAGAAGCCCAUUAUUGUAGCAGUUAAUGGCCCAGCCAUUGGACUAGGAGCAUCCAUAUUGCCUCUUUGUGAUGUGGUUUGGGCUAACGAAAAGGCUUGGUUUCAAACACCCUAUACCACCUUCGGACAGAGUCCAGAUGGCUGCUCUACAGUUAUGUUCCCCAAGAUUAUGGGAGGAGCGUCUGCAAAUGAAAUGUUGCUCAGUGGGCGGAAGCUGACUGCGCAGGAGGCGUGUGGCAAGGGCCUGGUCUCGCAGGUGUUCUGGCCAGGGACCUUCACCCAGGAAGUCAUGGUUCGCAUCAAGGAACUCGCCUCAUGUAACCCAGUUGUCCUGGAGGAAUCCAAGGCCCUGGUGCGCUGCAACAUGAAGCUGGAGUUGGAACAGGCCAACGAGAGGGAGUGCGAGGUGCUCAAGAAGAUCUGGGGCUCCGCCCAGGGCAUGGACUCCAUGUUAAAGUACUUGCAGAGGAAAAUCGAUGAAUUUUGAUUGGUGGGCUGCGGGCGGACCAUAGGAACUGGUUUGAGUGGGACGUCUGCGACUCCUGUUGCCGCGGCCCAUCCUUACAGCCUGAAGUUCGCCCAUAGCUCGCACUUGGAAGCAGGACUGGGAACAUCCAGACUAUUUAUUACCAAGGAGUUUUUAAGUGCUGUAACUUUAAAAUAAAUAACUACAAAGCUCCUUUGUCCAAACGUCAUUAUUUUAUACAAGUAUGAAAACGUGUGGUGAACACCAGACUGCUUUUGGAAGCCCUAGUUUUUCUCUAGCUAGUACUGUAUUUAAAAAAGAAUUGUUUUCUAUUCAUUUUGGGUAACAGAGAAGUUUGGAAUGAUGUUUAUUUUACUCAUAUUUUUUUCCCCUUCUAGAACACAGACCAGAGGUGUGUCUGCCUCUCCUCCCUCCCCACAUGGAGAUGUAGAAAGAUGUGAAAUGUUUCCUCUGUCUCUGAGGGGAGAGGUGCAAGUACCUCAGUGGUUUAAAAACGCUAAAUUAAAAUUUACCUUGUAGGGAAAACAUUUCUGGUGAAAAGCACAGCCAGCAACUUACGGUCUAUUCUCCCUUUUCCAGAUACGCCCGCCCUUCUCCAGUCAGCGCAGACACCGCUGUCUGGGGAAAGCUUAUGUUGCAGUAUUAGUGAGUCCUGACUAGCUGAGAUAUGGAUAGCUAAGUUACACGUUAGUCUUAGUGGGUUUUCAAUCGUUUUUCUGACCCUUUUGAAAAAUAACUAUGUAAGUGCUUUGUGGCAGGGUGAGAAAUACUACUUUAUACACAGUUUGGUUUUCUAUCUGCAAAUAAGAUUGAUGUAUUACACCAAAAAGUAUUUUUAUGUUUAUAAAGUGUAAUUUUUAGGUUCACUUAGAAUAUAUUUUAUUUAAUAAGUUAAAAUUCUCUUGGCACACUAUUAAAUACAGAAACUCGAAGAAGAGCUACCUUAUAUUUGACAUUUAAUGUUCCUGGCCCUGCUUCAUGUCUCCACCACACACUGAGCACAGUACAGUGUCCACGGGCGCCCCGGAGUGGGGCCUGACCCUGACUCCAGACGCCUCUCGUUACUCGGGCUUCUGGGCUUGCAAUCAUAGUGAAUGUAUGAAGAAUGAAAUAAAGUCAAAACCUUAUUUUUGUACAGUUUUGAAGUUUAUACUUAGAGCUGACUGCCUCCCUGACCGCGUGGAGGGCCGUGCAGUGUGUACAUCUGCCUUUACCUGGGAUUGAUUGGUACAGUAUUUUUGCAUCUGUGGGACCUACUUUUUCGUUCCGUAGUUUGAACUAUAUAUAAACUGUACAAUCCGUAAAAGUUUUUAUAGAAUAAAUAUUCAGCUGUGAAAACUGGUUAAAUAAACUAAUAUUUCUUAACACA